AGAACCCCGCUACAGGAAGUGAGUGUUGUAGGUGCUACGCAGGCGCAAAUUGACCUUUCGGUUGAAGAACCCGUCGGUCACAUGUGAGUGUCGAUAAAUAUCUUAGUUUUAUCGUGAAUCCUUUUCAAAACGUUGUGAUUAUUGUUUUCAUCACUCCAGACCGUAGUUAAUACUCUACCACAAAAUGGGUGACAUUGAGGACACACACUUCGAGACCGGGGACUCCGGAGCUUCGGCCACCUUCCCCAUGCAAUGCUCCGCCCUGCGCAAGAACGGCUUUGUCAUGCUCAAAGGUCGCCCCUGCAAGAUUGUUGAGAUGUCUACCUCCAAGACUGGAAAGCACGGUCACGCUAAAGUCCACUUGGUCGGAAUUGAUAUUUUCAAUGGCAAGAAAUACGAAGAUAUUUGCCCCUCCACCCACAACAUGGACGUCCCCCACGUGAAGCGCGAGGACUACCAGCUGACCGACAUCUCCGACGACGGCUACCUGACCCUGAUGGCUGACAACGGCGACCUCCGCGAGGACCUCAAGAUCCCAGACGGAGAUCUGGGCACCCAACUUCGCUCGGACUUUGACAGCGGCAAAGAGCUGCUGUGUACCGUGCUGAAAUCCUGCGGCGAGGAGUGCGUGAUCGCAGUUAAGGCAAAUACGGCUCUCGACAAAUAAACAACCACUCACAUCAAUAGGGAUAUAACAAGCGUAUAAUUUUUUUUACAAUCAAACAACUCUUACAUAAAUGUAAAACAUAAUAUUAUGUAUAAUUUAACGUAAAAUAUCGCGGCGCGGCGCGGCGCGUCCACACCGCGCGCGUCCACACGGCGGCCGCGCGACCCCAGGCGAUCGCGUGCACGGCGUUUGAUAGGCAGCGGUCCACUUGUAUUAAGGAUUCGAAUCUAGGGGUAUUGUUGUAAUGAGAAUGCCGGAACCGGGCCUCUAGACCCUCUUCCGAGAAUAGACUACCGUUCAAGCACUGCGCCGCGGUUGGGCGCGGGGACGAUCGUAGCAUCGCUUCUCGGGAGAGGGUGGGACGGAAGACUACGCGUGCUGUCCGCCGGUGCACCGCGACGUGUGGCUGGCUACACGCGAGGCCGGGCUGGCUACACGCGAGGCCGGGCUGGCUACACGCGAGGCCGCUCGCGCCCACAGCGCCGCCGCCGGGCGCCCGCGCCGCGCCGACCGGAACUUCUCGUUUGUUUGUUAUGUUUGUUCUCUUUUCGCUUCAUCGUCUAAUUUAAACGUUACGUGGCGCUCCGAGAGUUUGUGGAUCGACAUCGGUGUGAUGAAUUCCAUGUGGUGGAUAUUAAAUGUUUUAUAGUGAUUUAUUAUCUGACGAAAAGACGGACGCAAACUUGAAGUUAUUACCAUAUUUUAAUGCUAAAUUAAUUAAUACAUAUAAAAAAAAUCAAGAAAACGAUAAAAAAAUAGAAAUAAAGGAAAUUCUUGAACGAGGUGUGUGAUUCUUUGAGGCCGUCGCGAGGCGGUGGUCGCGCCGGCGACGUUAUAUCCCUUCAUGUGUAACACGACAUCUGUUCAAAUACCGCCGAGCUCACUGCCGGCCCGACGCCCGGCAAUGACAUCUCUUGUGCUAAAUCGAUGACGAAGACUGACGAACUGCUGAUUGUGUGCUGCCCUCUGGGACCUUCACCAAGUCUACCGCUCGAAUCCGACAUUUAAAGUUACCAUCUGAAGGCUCUAGAGGCGACAUCACGGAGCACCACCUCCUCAGUCAAGACUGAAAAUGCAUUUUUGUAGAAGAAGUAUUGAUUUUGUUUUAAUAUAAGGAAAUAGAACAAUGUUGAUAGAAUUGUGCUCAUCGGCCUUCCCUUGCUCUCUGUUUGAACUUAUAUUUGAACACAUGAAUUGUUACACAUCGCUCGAGUGGGUCGCGUUUGCCUAACGUAUUAACUAAAUUUCUCAUUGGCAGAUGCCUUCGAUGACUAGACCAAGCGUGUCCGUUAUUUAUUAUAAAAUAACAUCAAUAAAAUUGUCAUAGACGAUAUGAUAUACGAAAUUAAUGUAAGGUAAGGCCCUAUAGGAGAGAUAUUUUUUUAUGCAUUCAACUAAAUUCGUACAUCGCAAGUUGUAGAGUUAACUUUAGGCUGUUACAUGACAGGUUUAACUGUUUAUGUUCCGAUUACUGUACAUUACUUUCGAAAUUGCAUAAUCGUUAUUGUUGGUGAAGUUUUUAUACUUAGCAGCUUUUAAUCAGGUUUUUAUUUUAUAAAACCCUUUGGUAUUUGUGAAGACAUCGGGAGGUGUAAAAUAAAACACUUAAGUCCAAAACAACUUUUCUUUCUGUCGCGAGCAGUCCCUCCCCAAUGCUUGGGAAAGUGUGAAAUCCUAUGGGAAUUCUCUUAUACUAUCUGAUAUUUUAGAAUUAAUACGCAUUAAAUGUGAGGAAUCUUUUUGUGCCGAUUUAGGAAAUAAUUGUUGGUGCACAUUAAGUUAUCUUUAGGAAUAUAUUUCUCUUGUUCACACGGUCUUACAACUAUUUCUACAAUGGAGCUUUCCCUUUGUCAAAGUCAUUUCAUGCCAAAACCAUGUUUAAAAGGUGUUAGCUAUGUAGAUAUAGUCCUUAACAUUAGUGUUUUCAAAUUUGUAAUCUGUCGGAAUUCGUGUAUUUCAUGUCACUAAGUUUUUAAGACAAACUAAAGUAAAUAUAUAACGCGUGUGCUUACAAUAGCUGACUGUUCUGAAACAGCGCUGGUAGUUAAAUGUGGAAAAGUGAAGACCUUGUGUUUAAGAGAUGAGCAUCAAAUAAGCGACGACACUUAAAUGUGCGAAUUUUAUUUAGAAAUCUUAAAUAUUUUUUUAUAAAGGGGCGUAGAUCGGGUUGAAAACGUGUGAUGGUAAGAAGAGUAAGUUCUGUAUAUACGUAAGAUUGGGAACUCAACAGCUGGAUAAAAAUAUCAAUAAUAAACCACUAAGGAACUAAACGUAAUGACUGGUCGCGUAUGUCUAUGUGCAAGCACUACCGAAUUACAUUGCAAUGGCCAAUAACUAAUGUAAAUGCAGUUAUAAGUAUUUAACAAGUCUGUCGAAAUAAAUCUGUACAAAACGAA